AUGUGGCUUUUGGAUAGCAGGACUCUCAAGCUAACGGAAUUCAAAAAGGACCGUCCGAAGUAUGCGAUCUUUUCACAUUGCUGGCUCUCCGAUGAGGAUGGCGGGGAAGUCACAUUCCAAGAAAUCCAAGGCUCAGAGUCGAAACACAAGGCCGAGAAGGGAUAUGAGAAGAUCCAGAGUGUCUGUGCCAUCGCGCGCGAUCACUACCAGUAUAUCUGGAUGGAUACCUGCUGCAUCGACAAAAGAAGCAGCGCAGAGCUCCAAGAGGCCAUCAAUUCCAUGUUCCAGUAUUACCACCACGCUGAGCUUUGCUAUGUAUAUCUGGACGAUGUACCGUCGAGACAACAUCCCAGAGCGAUGGCCGCCUUUCACGAGGCCAGAUGGUUCACAAGAGGUUGGACGUUGCAAGAACUGAUUGCUCCCCGGGAUCUGGUCUUCUACGCGAAGAACUGGACUUUCUUCGACACCAAGGAAAGACUCACAGAUGAAAUUGCCCAAAUCACCGAUAUCGACAUUGCUUUUCUUCGAGGUAGAGACCUCCACAAGGCCAGUGCGGCUCAGAAAUUGUCUUCGGCUUCUAAGAGAAACACAUCGAGGGAGGAAGACAUGGCAUACUGCCUGAUAGGGCUGUUUGAUCUCUCUAUACCAGUGAUAUAUGAAGAAGGGCUGAAGAAGGCGUUUGGUCGUCUGCAAGACGCUAUCCUAAAGGAUACGGGCGAUCAAUCUUUGUUUGCUUGGACUGAUAAGGCACCCACCAACGAAAUCUAUGGAAAGCAACCCUUCGCAGAUUCUCCCAAGCGUUUCGCUAAACAAGGCAAGGCCAAGACCUCGACGACGCCCCGAGCACCCAAACACGCAUUUCAGAUCGUGAUCUUCCCAUCGCUCAAAGCCUACAAGCUGAUCAGCGUCUUCCCUUCUCAAAACUGGCAAAAGAGCACGAAUCCCCUGCUAAUCCCACAUAUAGUUAACGUCACGCCAGAUACAAAUGUUGCUGGCGCGGUCUUGCAGUUCGAACAUAUAUUGGGGAUUCUCCCUCAUUUUCUGGUGGUGGUGGGCAUGAGCAAUUCCUCCGGGGGUAAGACAGGCUGGUGCAACGCGAUCCGCGACCCCGGCCACGGAGACCUGGCCAAGGUGUGGAAGUCGUAUGCCAAAAAGCUGGAGGAGCAAGAAUUUGGGGAAAGCGACAAGCUGAUACUUGGCAAGCUUCUUUUUCCACUCGGUGUUGUGGAUGUCAAAGUCACACCGCCCUCUCUUGCGGAAAUCAAUUUUACCCUCUACGUCACUGUUUGGUGA